AUGACGAGUGCCAUUACUUCAGAUUUGGAAAAUUAUACCAACGUUGAAAAAUGGGACACCGAAACACUUGUCGUCUUCCUGAAAGAACAAGACCUCAAGCUUGACGAUGAGGACUUCGCUAUUAUCCGCAAUGAGAAGAUCAAUGGCCAGGACUUUCUUGAUAUGACCGAAGAAAAGUUCCAAAGUUAUGGAUUGAAAGGUGGUCCGGCAAUGAGACUAGCAAAAGAGGUCAAGGCACUCAAGGACAACACGAAAAGGGCAUACUCGUCAUAUCGUACUUUGAAAGAUUUUAAAGCAGUCCUAGCGAAGUAUGGAAUUAUAAGUGGGGACAUAACUCGCAUUCCGCAAUUUACACCAGUCACAUUCAAAAUCGACGAAGAUAAUCCGGCGUUCAAGUUUUGCGUUGAAGAUAUACUUCGCAGGAUAAAGAACAUGGGACCAGUAGUAGAUACUAACGAGGCAAUGCGGUGUGAAUACAUUUCGACAAUCUUGCAUGCAUCUGUUAGUCUUCUCGAAGGUUUGGUUAUCUCUCCUCAGGCCGAUAUAGUUGGCGAAGAAAAUACUGGCCGUGUCAACUAUGCGAUCAAAAAAAUAAUCAAUGAAAUGUUGGAGGAAAUUAUUUGCAUAACUGAGGGCAAACAAAAUCAGGCCACGAUGGUCAGUACCGGAACAGACUGGUACUUUAUCCUUCACACUACCGACGCCAUCUAUUGUACGAGUAAAACCGAAUACCGCAUCUCGCUCACAGAAGCCGUCCUCGAAGAUGAUACCGAGUUGCGAAAAAGUGUUAAGAGGAUUUUAGAGGUAAUAGUGGGAUUAUUAAAAGAUAGGCUGUCUGCUAGCGAUGAACCAGCGACUAAGAAGAGGCGUGUGCAAGAGAAAAUCAGCAGAGCUGGCAUGGCCAAAAAAUGA